UCCCAGUCCUAUACCCAGACCCAGACCUGCAACACCUACAACACCCCGAUUCACAACCACCAACCCAUUCCUUUGUCGCUGUCUCAAUUACCAACCUCGUCCAGUGUCGCGGCAUCGAAUUUCAUUUUGAACUCCCUCACCUUCCCAGCCUGUCUUCCGGACAACAUCCGCCCCGCAGCUGCUGAUAAGAUUAACUACACCCAGCAACCACCACUUGCGCCCGCCAAAAGCCACCGCGAACAUGAAGGCGGCUCCCAUAAUUGUCAACUGGCAUGCCGAGAAUGCUCCCAUAUACUCGGCCGAGUUCCAGCCUCAUGGAAAAGGUCGAUUGGCAACCGGUGGUGGAGAUAACCAUGUUCGAGUAGGUGCAAUCCAUCCAAUCCAUCCAAUCCAUCCCACCCGGCUGCCAUGCUGACCACGAGAAGCUAUGGAAGAUUGACGCCGAGGGGGAGGAUCGAAAGGUCGAAUACCUAUGUACCAUGGUCCGCCAUACCCAAGCCGUAAACGUGGUUCGUUGGGCACCUCGAGGUACCGUCAUCUCAUCCUAACCACUUUCGAGAUGCGCGACAAUCACUAACCCCAUACCAGGAGAUGUUCUAGCCUCUGCCGGCGACGAUGGAAACGUAAUUGUAUGGGUUCUCGAUUCCCAAAACUCCAAGACCAAUUUCGGAGAAGAUGGAAUUGAAGACAAGGAGUCGUGGAGGACGAGGCAUAUGUGCAGGUCGGCGGUAGCUGAAAUCUACGAUCUAGCCUGGUCGCCAGAUGGAGUCUACUUCAUCACUGGUAGUAUGGACAAUGUUGCGAGAAUCUACAAUGCGCAAUCUGGUAAGGUGGAAAUUCCUAAUCAUCAAUCAUAUUUGAUAAAUCAUGUUUGGGCCUAACGGUGCUGUAGGUCAGUUGGUACGACAAAUCGCAGAGCAUCAGCAUUACGUGCAAGGAGUUGCGUGGGAUCCCCUGAAUGAAUACAUCGCGACCCAAUCCUCGGAUCGAUCGGUACAUAUCUACACAUUGCGAACUAAAGAUGGAAGCUAUGUCUUGGACAAUCGUGACGAGAUCCCCAAGAAAAUCGCAAAUAACAUGAAGAUGGAUUUGCCAGGUCGAAGAAUAUCUUCCAACAGCCCCGCCCCACCGGAUAUGGGUUUUCGAUCUCAAAUGUCAGCAAUGUCGGCGGAAGCUCUGAACGCUGGAUCGGCAUCUCCAAUACCUUCAUGUCCUGGAACCCCAACUUCUUUGGCACUGCCUAUGAAUCCUCCAAGUACCAUCAGCCAUAGCAGAAGGUCCUCGUUUGGGGCUGCUUCACCAGCAAUGUCAAUGAGACGAUCUGCUUCACCAGCACCCUCUCUUCCAUUGCCUGCUAUCAUGCCAGCUUCCCCAAGACCAUUCAUGGGCAUUGGUAUGAGAAAUGCGAAUAUCUAUGCCAACGAUACUCUCAAGUCAUUCUUUCGUCGAUUGACUUUCACCUCAGAUGGUAGUCUUCUUCUCACACCAGCGGGUCAAUAUCAGACCCAACAUAAACCACUUGAUGAUGCCGCAAAGCCAAUGUAUGAAGUCAUCAACACAGUCUACAUUUACACGCGAGGGGGAAUUAAUAAGCCUCCAAUUGCACAUCUACCUGGUCACAAGAAACCUUCUGUUGUAGUAAAAUGCUCCCCCAUUUUUUACACCACUAGAAAAGCCUCUCCCCCAACAAAGCAUAUUACGAUUGAUACAUCUUCGCCAGAGACCAUGCCAGCACUACCCGAGCCAGCAGUUAGCUCGAAAUCACCAGCCCCUUCAUCGGUCAUGGAACCACCCAAAACAGUACCACAAACAAGUGAUCCUUCUGGACCAACAUCCUCUUCUAAACCCAAGCCUCUAGAAGUAGAAACGAAUGCAUCAACGCAAGGACCUGCGAUGGCUUUUACCCUACCCUAUCGCAUGGUUUAUGCCGUUGCAACAGAAGACUCCGUCUUGUUGUAUGACACUCAACAACAGACCCCUCUAUGUGUUGUCAGCAACUUGCAUUGUGCCACAUUUACAGAUUUGACUUGGUAAGUUAAAAUAUCGUUGGUUCAAAGACUCCUCAAGCUAAUACUUUAUAGGUCAAACGACGGACAUACGUUGUUAAUGACAUCGUCUGAUGGAUUCUGCUCUACUCUCACAUUUUCACCCGGAGAGCUUGGUCAGCCAUAUACCGGCGAGCUACCAACAUCAAAACACACAAUGUUGAGUGGCACAGCGGCCUCUUCAUCUCAAAAUACACCAAUGGCAACCCCAACUUCCGUUGCCCCGCCAUCGCCCUUCCCGGUUGUUAGCCACCACCAUCGCACUUCAUCAAAUCUUUCCGUCGCUCCAUCCCCACCGCCUGCACCGGCGAACGCAAGUGUUCGGCCUUCAUCGCCGACCAGAUCUAAUUCUACCUCGUCGAUAGCCACCAUCUCUGCUGUACCUCAGCCUCCAGGAACAAUCAUUAGCAACCCUCCUCUAGUGGGCGGGACCAUUUCCGGCAUCACAGCGGGAAGUUUCACGUCUGGGAUGCCAAUGACUACUCCACCUCAAACACCUAGAAGCACAGCAAGCUUUGUGAGUGGCAUUAAGAGAGAUGCCAGCGAGAGCGAACGAGAGGAGGGAGGUGAGAAAAAGAAACGACGAAUUGCGCCUACCCCUGUGAACGGUGAGGCAACCAGUUCCGGAAACACAACCUCGCAGCCUUGAGAGGUGAAGCUUGUAAUUUUCUUCUUUUUACGGUUUUGUGUGUUUCGUCUGAGCAAAAAUUGGGAUUUGAAUUGGGUGCUCAGCGGUGUUUUGGAAUGGCGAGUUUGGUCGAUUUUCAUGAAGAAAGUGGAAUCAACUCGACUCAGAUACAGUACUACAAGGAAUUACUGGUUUGCAUGUGUGUUAGCGGGGCGUUAUUUUUUCUAUUCUCAUGAUGUAGUUUGUUUCUUUGAUCUGGUUCGAUGAGCUGAGCUGGGAGUUUGCGAGGUUCAUGGAUAUUUUCCAUUGAUUUGUCAUUCCUGAUGGAAGAUUUUUGCGAGGAAUAUCCAGGUUUUGCGAGGGAGCGGAAGUAUGAAUUGUUUUUGGAAUGAAAUGGAUGGGAUAGUAUGAUAGCGGUAGGUGAUGGUGUGUACGAGUUGUACGGGAUAUUGUCUUUGUCUUUUCUUUUCUUUUUUUUCCUUUUGCCGGCUGAGCUCAGGUAGUAGG